AUGGACAACCUCGGGCCGCAGCCGCUAUGGGGCUGGAUCCGUGAGCUGGCACCGCGUGCGGGGCUCGAGACGUUCCGCCUGCAGGCGUACACGUUCAACAACGGCGACGCGGGGAUCCCGCGGCGGUUCGUGCUCAACCUGGCUCUCGCGCACGGGGCGACGCUCAAGCACUUCAUGGUCGGCGAAUCGUACAUGACCUUGAGCGACGUGGAAUGCCUGUGUUCCAAGUUUCCCGGCCUUGAGACGCUUGUGUGUUCGGUGUCGAGUCCGGACGUGGACUCCAUCAUUCACGCUAUCGCCGGUGCUAAGCAUCUACAGACGCUUACGCUGCAGGUGAAGUGGAUACCAGGCGACGCGCGGAAUACGGGGACGUCGAUCAGCGUUGAGGAUGCAAAGAGGAUGAUGCUGCGGAGCAAGGACUCGAAGCUGCGUACGAUCUCUGUGGGUCACUACCAGUACACAGGGAAGUGGGUCCUACAUGAAGAGGAAGACGAGAAACUCCAAUUCGUCGUCUCCGCCGACAAAGCCGGGGAAGGCUGGCAUACAUGA